AUGUCCGGCUCCAGCUCGGGCGCCAGCAUGGCCUCUCCACCUCGCAAAGCCAAACCAGCUUCAGACGUGCGACAGACGCAACGGCGCUGGGUGCAGCUGAUCGACGAAUGGCACUCGCGCACCGAAGCCACACCGUCAUCGCGUGAUGAAUUGGUCGAACAGAUCACGCACCACGCCGAACUCCUCUGUCGCACCGUCAAAGACCGAGUCUGGCUACUGGAUGCCUUCCAUCUCGCGAUCGAUGCCGUCCUUUUUCCUUCUCGCCUGCCCGAAGUGGACGACGAGAGCGCAGAGCUGUCGCGAAUCGAAACGCUCGGUCAGUGGCUGCUGCAGCAGGCGAAUCGAGAGGUUGCCCUUCCACGCCUGCGCGAGUUACAGGAGACACACGCAGAGCCUGCACAGGUCGAAGCGGCAAAAGCGCAGCUGGAAGAGUGGGUGCAGCUGUCGAGGCGCCUAGCGACGUACGAGCGGCUGCGGGGAAUGCAGUCGAUGCUCGGCCUCCCCCCCUUGCCGAUGCCGCUGGUAUUGCAGCAGUCGACACCAACGCUGCUGCUGUGUUUGGCAUCCCUCCCGCACGCCGCGACCAUUCUAGGCCAGCUGUUGAGGGGUAAUCCCUCGUUGGAGGAUGAUUCGGCUCCGGCGAGAUUAGCCAUCCUCAAACAGCUGCUAGUAGGCGCAGGGAGCAGAGAGCACUAUGCACAGCUUGCGGAGUACGGGCUGCUCAUCGGCUGGAAGAAUGGUCACGAAUUCUGCGUCUGGGCUAAUCCAGCACGCGGAAACGAGGUGCAGUUGGACGAGCUGAUCACGUUUUACAGUGAUAUUUUGGAACAAUUGCGGGAGACGGGAGGCGUUGAGCAGGCGGAGGCGCUGCAAGGUGUGUUGGCUACAGUCUGGCAUGGCGAGGAUGCAAAACAGGCUCUGGAGCGGCUGCGGACCUCCGCCGCGACGCCACUCACUUCUGCACCCACCUUUACGGCUCCAAAGGCUACCGUACAACGCUUCGACCUCGCCACCGUCCAGUCGAUCGCCACUCAGCUCUCGCCCACCAGCAACGACAACAAUGCUCGCCAACAACUUGCCCAACAGCUGCUGGCGUCUCGAGGCGCAGACGAGACCGUGCAGCGUGUGAUCCAGCUCGUCGACACACACGACAGUCUGGCAGUGCGCAGGUUUGCGUUGGACGUCGCUUCUCACGCCCACUCGGUCCCGCUCAUCGCGGCUCUGCUCUACGCCAGACCAGCAGUCGGACACUUCCGGUUGGAUCUCAGUGCUCCGGCUACGCUCUUGGACCACGCUGAGACAGUUCUGGCUCAACUUGACAAGACUGAGCGCAAGAGCGGACAGGGUGAAGGGGCAGGACUGUCCGAUGCGUUGCGCUCAGCACUCGAUCUCGACCCGCACAGCAUCGUGCCUGCUUGCCAGGUACAGCUUAUCACAGGCGCAGGGGACGGGGAUGUGUUGAUGCAGGCUCGAUUGCAUGUCAGCUGGCUACGCGCGGUGAAGGCGCUGGUAGAGGCGCAAACCGAAAAGCCCGUUCUGGAUCUGUGCUGGCUGGCAGCAUAUGCUGGGAACGGAUCUAGUGGGCAGGAUAAGCAGAUGUCGGCGUUCGACGAGCUGCUCGCGUCGUUCGACUCUGCUCAUCCGCCGCCGGGGUCGAUUGGCGGUCGACCGGAUCGCGCGCAGGAUCCGGCACUGCUCAAGUUCCGCGCGACGUGGGUUGCAUUCUUCCACUCGUGUCUCGAGCUCACUGGCGGCGAAACGGUUCCAUUUGCACACGUUGGAAAAGCGUUGGCGGUGGAGAAGCUGCUCUCGCAAGUGCUGCGUACGGGAGAUGUAGAGCUGUUCCGCUCGCUCUCUUACUCCUCCUCUGCCACGGGCGCGCUCUCGCCGUCGAAACUGGAACAGCUCGUGCUGGACGUGUCCACUUUACUGUUCGACCAAGCCACGGUCGCAUCGACGCGCAGCAAAGACAUCCGGCUGUCGCUCGAGGUGCUUUCCGCUCUCCCUGGCGAUUCAGCGCGGGCAAGGAGUCAGCGCGAUUUCAUCGAGGCAGCUUGCAGGUUGUCGUCGUUCAAGAUCAAAUCAAUCGUCCAUCCAGGUCAGCCGAUGGAGCCCAAGGAGAUCCGCGCGACCACGGACAAGAUGGAUCUCGUGGCGAGGUUGUUGGCCACGCAGGGGGAUGCGCAUCGCUCGCCCGAGCUCGUGUUGGAUGUGGCGAAUCGGUUGUGUGGCAUCCAUCUUCCCGCCACCGCCGCCGCCUCCGCAAGUGCGGAUAGGGUGUCAGACAAGACGCUUGUGGAAGCACGAACACUCGCGAUGCUUGCAGACGCAAGCACCGCCGCCGAAGACUUUGAAGACGCCGCCUCGUUCUGCCAGCGUCUCGUCGACCGCGUAGCCGCCGUUCGAAGCCGCGUCGCCACCUCGCCAUCCGCUGCCGAGAUCGUCGAGAUCGCGUGGAAAACGUGCUUCCAGCUCUCGAAGCAUCCGUUGUGGGAAGACACGCCGUCGCGCAUCUCCAUGUUGGCACAUGCAAUGACGCUGUGCCCGCCCACGCAGCUAAACGGGAUGCUGCGACAGUGGCAGACGCUCGACCAGCAGUUGUUGGCUGAGAUCGAGGCGGGUAAGGAGUUUGCGUCCACCAAAACGGCGGCCGCGGGAGGGAUGGGCUGGUUGGGUUCCGGGCCCGGUGGAAGAGGAGGUGUUGGGGACUACAUUAGCGCUCAGACGGCAGCGAGUGUGGGUGCAGGGCUGGUGGGUACGGCUGCGAAUCUGUUGCCACUUUCGUUCAGCCCGCUGUCGUACUUCGGAAAUUCUGCUACCGGCACUGGCACCGGUAUUGGCAAUCCUGGCGCUCCAAGAGCAACAGCCGCAGGAGGAGCAGGAACGACGACGGAAACGCAAGAACCCAACGUGGACGCGAGGACAGCAAGGCUGUUCGACUUUGACAAUGUUUCCGGUGCCUCCUCUGGCGGAAGCGGCUUCGUGGAUCCGACGGAAAGAGCGGUGAGGGCAGCACGAGCAGCGAGGGAUUUCCUGGGCUGGAAGAGCGAUCAGCGCCAACUGAACGCUGAGGGAGGUGAUAACGCCCAGCAGCAAUUGCAGCCAUCCGCGGGUGGUGCAAUGGGCGGCGGGUUUUCGUUCAGCCGUGGUGUUGGCUGGUUGAUUGGCGAUGGGGAGAGUCGAUAG